UUUCGCCGUAAUACUCGCCACAUGACUGGAGAUGGUCGGCCUCAGUUGAUAAUUUCCCGUAACAUUAACGAACUCCACAGGGUUGCUGUAAAUGAUUUACGAUUCCAUAGAUCACUAGACUCGCUGAUGGGCUUUUUGUGUACACCCGUGCUGGUGACGAGCCUCUGAUGAUGAAGUUCAGACAGAGAAUCGCGUGGUUGAUGGUGGUCUUCUUCCUGGGAGGCUCGUUCUCUGUACUGUACUAUUUGUUUGAAAUAAGUGAGCAUUACAACCAGUUUGCCCUGGAACACACGAAUACCUUCCACAAACCGAUUGAGAUCGAAGCUGCAAUCAAUCAUAAAGAAGUGAAAAAGGCAAAAUCGGAGGAUAAUGAAAAAGGGGAAAUAACACAAUCAGGACCUGCAUGGCACCAUAUCAUAGACGUCCCAGUGGCCGUGUGGUUUGUGUUGUUCCUGUUGCCAUAUCUACAGAUAUUUUUCAUGAUUUUGGCCUGUACAAAGCCUGAACCUAAAAUGAGCCUGGCUUUUCAGUGGCCUUGUCGGAUAUAUUUAAAAUACCAACAAUUUGUCCGAGGUCCUGCUGACAAACCUUACAGUAUGGGAAUCAAUUCAACUGUACAGACAAAUGGACACAUGGUUUUCAACACAUGACCCAGGCCAACAUAAUACGAUGACAUCAUUUUCACUGUGAUAUCAUUUUUAUCAUGCCGCAUCCAUGGAACACUCUUUUCAUCAAUGCAAGUGCUACUCGAUAUACAAGUUGUGUAAAUUUUUCAAGAGUAAAUCAGUUUUUUUUUUUUUUUCAUUUUUCCAUAAUCAUCAUGAUUAUGAAUAUGCUACUGUUUGCACCGUGUGCAUAUCAGAAUUGACCAUAUGAAUAACUUGUAAUUAAGGAAAUACAACUGUAUUUGGGUGUGGAA